GGAUGCAUGGAGGGAGAGACCCUCAUCUGCAAUGUCGUUGAGCUACUGCGGAACAAACAUCACUUAAGACAAGCACAAACAGGGCCGUGAGGGAUGGCGGCUUCAAGAAAAGUGGCGAGCUUCCGCCUUCCCCCUCUCCCGACCAUCGGAGAGAUCAUCCGACUGUAUAACCUCCGGGCGGAAAAGCAGCUGUCUCAGAACUUUCUACUGGACCUGCGGCUCACGGAUAAAAUCGUGCGGCAGGCGGGCAACCUAAAGGACGCACACGUGUGUGAGGUAGGCCCGGGCCCUGGCGGUCUGACCCGGUCCAUCCUCAACGCCGGCGCCGCCGACCUGCUGGUGGUGGAGAAGGACACCCGCUUCAUCCCGAGCUUGCAGCUCUUGUCGGAGGCGGCUCCAGGAAAAGUGAGGAUCGUCCACGGAGACAUUCUCACCUACCGGAUGGACAGGGGCUUUCCCUCAAACGUCGCCCGGAAGUGGGAGGACGAGCCGCCCAACCUGCACGUCAUCGGGAACCUGCCCUUCAGCGUCUCCACCCCCCUCAUCAUCAAGUGGCUGGAGAACAUGUCCAACCGGGACGGCCCCUUCCAUUUCGGACGCACCCGGCUCACCCUCACCUUCCAGAAGGAGGUCGCGGAGAGGCUGACUGCUAGCACGGGCAGCAGGCAGAGGAGCCGGUUGUCAGUGAUGGCGCAGUACCUCUGCACGGUCAAGAGCUGCUUCACCAUCCCCGGCCGGGCCUUCGUCCCCAAACCUCAGGUGGACGUGGGCGUGGUUCACUUCACCCCCCUGGCUGAGCCCCAGAUCCAGCAGCCCUUCAAGCUGGUGGAGAAGGUUGUCAGGAACGUCUUCCAGUUCCGGAGAAAGCGCUGCUACAGAGGAAUCGAAAUGCUGUUCCCGGAGGCGCGGCGGCUGGAGCUGGCGGAGCUCAUGCUGAGGACGGCCGACGUGGACCCCACCCUGCGCCCCACGCAGCUGACCGUCCCCCACUUCCGGGCGCUGGCCGACGCCUACGGCCGGCUGUGCGCCGAGAACGCCGGGCUCGCCGCGUACGAGUUCCGGGACGAGCUGAGGAGGAAGCGGCGCGGCGCGGCCGCGGACCACGGCGACGAAGACGACGACGACGACGCCGACUAGGACCGGAAACCGACAAAGGAAGGUUCCGGAAAAAGGAGGGAAAGCCAAUGGCUUUUCAAGAAGAAAAACCCCCUGACACGCGCACACACACACACACACACACAGCAGACCGCUCGCUCUCGGCUGUGAUAGUUUCAGCGGGCCGAAGUAUGAAUUUUUAACAACGGACAAAUGAUUCUUUUUUUUUUUUUUUUUUGCGGAAGCGACCGGAAAACCAGCGGAAACAGGGCUGAGGUAGAAAGGGAGGACGCGGUGGUCCGGUCCGGUCUCGCUCAAGAACACAGAGGGCCCGCCCUCCUGAAGCACAGCGGGCGCCGUAAGACCGCGGCACUGGGACCGGCAGCGAACAUUCUCUGCAGCGUCCAGAUGGCCGGAUCCGGCAACGCCUCUACGCUUCCUAACCACAGGAGGGUUCUGGUUGGUCACCAAGUUUCCAGUGCUGUUCCGGUACGGUUUAUAAAUAUUCAGGAAGAGGCGCGUCCAAGCGACAGACAAUUCGCUGACCCGGUAUUGUCCUUGGUCAUAGCGGUUCAUGAAUAUUCAUAACCUGCAUCAAAUUGGAGCGUUUUAGCUUCAGUGAUGGAGAGAAGACCUUCGCCGUGAAGACCACAGAGCCGAACAUCUGGUUAAACUGAAUCUUUGGCUCUAGCUUUGCGUCAGUGCCUGCGUAGAGAUUAUGUGCGUGUGCCAGAUUUGUCUCCUGCCAAGCUGUCAUUAAGAUUGAGCUGAGCUGUUGAUUGAACGUAAGAGCAUUUGAUACCUCAUGUUGUUUUCUGUUUAAUGUUCUUGAAGAUUGAAUUAAGUUGAGUGGCUGUGUAGGUGGUUUGUUUGGAUAGAAAGCUACGCUUUAGUUCUCAUAAUUAAAUGUAAUUAACAUUUGAAGGAUCGUUUUCUGGGGGGGAGAAAAAAUGUUCAGUACGCCAAAUGAUUUUGCGUCCAAAAAAGUCCCAAAAGGCUCUUGAACUACAAGCUCGGCUUCUAGACACACGCACGGUAAUUGUUAAUGUCAAGCACAGAUCAGUGUUCAAUUAGCAGCUCGGUCUAGCUUAAUUGAGAGCACUAAGGUUCAGAGAGACAGCUGUAAAGUAACAGGGUAGGAAUCAGUCUUGUCCUGCCCAUGUCUCUGCUCUUAGGCUCAGAAAUCCCAGAACACCCAAGCACCUGGUGACAAAGGAGACCUUUUCCACCUCCACCGUUUUCGGGCCAUUUUUUUUUUACCCCGGCCGUCUCGCUCUCUCUGGAGAGUUGGGGUUUGUGAGGGGGGAAGUGGUUCGAUCUAAAAAAACUUCUCAGGUGGAGAAACGGAUUUGUAAUGAUAGCAUGACCCAGUGUGUGAUGCGAAGGGUUGUUAUUUUAUAGUUCAUCCCUUCCCUCUUUCAUUCUGACUUUUAUCUCGUGCACUGAUAGUUUGUGUUGCGCUUGUGUUUCGUAUAUAUCUGAAAUUUAUUUUGAAAGAAAUACAAAGACUGCUGGCACUAUCUGUUUGCUCACAAUAAAGGUGUUAACAGCAUUAAUCAUGGCGCUGUUGUCCGAUAAAUUCAGUCGACAGAGAAAUAAAAGACAUUUCUUUAAUGAAU